CCCGCUGAAACGGGCGCCUGGACGAGAUUAAUCGAAUCCCCUCACUGAAAAUGGCUGCCAUUGACUUUAUAACGUUAACUGGUGACAGCGAGAAAAAACAAGCGGGAGAGAAAGCAGAGAGUGGCAAUGAAGAGGAAAACCAGGACCUGUCAGAGGAGGAAGGAGGCGCAGGGAAGGCAGAGGCCAGUUCGUCGACGCUCAUGGUCGCCGCGACCUCAGCUAAGACCAAGAAAAAUAAACACAGGCACCGAAGCAAACACAAGAGACACAAGCAGUCUUCGCCUGAGGACAAGGAGCGACGCCACAAGCACCGGCACAAGCACAAAAAGCACAAGCGUAAAGACGGCCCCUUGACUGACGGCUUCACCACCGGUGGCGACGACAACGCUUUCCCAUACUCUUCCUCUGCCAAGCCGCCGAGACUGGAAGACGAUGAGAUGGCGCUUCUGGAGGAGCUGGAGAAACAGAGGGCCCUGAUCCAAGCCGAGCUAGACAGUGAAAUGACUGAGGGUGGCAGGGGGGUACAGUCGGGCAUGGCUCUCAUACUCCAGGGAUACCACUCUGGGGUGGAGGAGGAUGGGGAGAUUCAGGGGGAGAGGAUGUGCAACGGGCAGCACUUCCGGAAAGGGGCAACGGGGCACGUGGCUGGCUCAGGCUCGCAGACUGCUAAAGACACCGGUAGAGUCCAGCGAGAGUCGACAGACGCCGGCAAAGCUAAGCAGAACAAUCCCAAUAAAAACGGCAGGAAGAGAAAGAUCGACGGCAAGACCAAGGAUCAGAUGAGAGGACUGAGCACGUCCAGGGAUAGAGACAACAGGAGACAUUCCAGGAGUGCAGAUUGCUUCAAGGAAAGGGCACAGGCGUCCAAGUCUCCUCCUGGCACUAGCAAGCAGCCUUCCCUGCCGGCUCAAAGCAGAGAGACACAAAGCCAGGACAAACACAAGAAGGCGAUCAAGUCCCCCGCCAAGGACGCUUCCUCUGGGAAUGAGAACUGCUCUCCUGGCCUACGAGGAAGGCCGCCAGGUCCUGCCUCCCAGCUGCAGCGCAGCAAGUCCCCAUCACAGUGCCGGGACCUCCGGGCCUCCACCGGAGCCGAGCGAAGGGCCAGGUCACCGCCACCACUCAGAGGGGGCCACCCGAGCCCCCCAGAGAGUCAAAGGAGAGAGGUGGACCGACUGAGACUCUCACCUGGCAGGAUUCGGAGCCAGGACGAAGCGGGGGGCCGUAGGGAUGCCAGCGCAGCUCUAGGUGCCCGGCGACGGCUCAGCCGCUCACCAUUCAGGCGGAGGUGUUGCUCUCCCAGGAGACGCAGCAGGUCUCCAUUCAGGAGGAGGUCAUUGGAUCGGGACAGGAUGGGACGGAGGCCGCAGUGGGGUUCUAGAUCCCAGGAGGGGAGGCAGAGACUGAGCCGGGACAGAGAGGACAAGUUCAAGGGCAGCCUCUCGGAGGGAAUGAAGGUCGACAAGGAGGACUCUGAAGAUGAAGUGCUGGAAGAUUACGAUGUGGAUGAGGACGACGAGGAGGCUCUCAUCGAACAGCGGAGGCUACAGCGUCUGGCCAUCGUCCGGAAGUACAAGGGAGGGAACGAGGACAGUAACAUGUCGGAGCCCGGCAGCCCGCAGAGCAGCCAGCGCAGCCGCUCGCCCUCGCCGGACGACAUCCUGGAGCGUGUGACGGCCGACGUCAAAGAGUACGAGCGGGAAAACAUGGACACCUUUGAAGAAAACAUCAAGGCUAAGCACAACCUCAUCGAACAGGAGAGAGAUGAAGGAACCAACCCCAAAAAACCUUCCGGCCCCGACAUGUUUACUGAAUCGGAUGACAUGUUCGCCGCCUACUUUGACAGUGCAAGGUUUCGAGCAGCAGGUAUCGGGAAGGACUUCAAGGAGAACCCCAACCUCCGAGACAACUGGACAGACGCAGAGGGAUACUACCGACUCAAUAUCGGGGAGAAACUGGACAAGCGGUACAGUGUGUACGGCUACACUGGGCAGGGCGUGUUCAGCAACGUCAUCCGAGCCCGUGACGUGGCCCGCGCCAGCCAGGAGGUUGCUAUUAAGAUCAUUCGGAACAACGAGCUCAUGCAGAAGACUGGGCUGAAGGAGCUGGAGUUCCUGAAGAAACUCAACGAUGCCGACCCUGACGACAAGUUCCACUGCCUGCGCCUCUUCCGACACUUCUACCACAAGCAGCACCUCUGCCUGGUCUUCGAGCCUCUCAGUAUGAACCUGCGCGAGGUGCUGAAGAAGUAUGGCAAAGACGUGGGCCUCCACAUCAAGGCGGUGCGCUCCUACAGCCAGCAGCUCUUCCUGGCCCUGAAGCUGCUCAAACGCUGCAACAUCCUUCACGCCGACAUCAAACCUGACAAUAUCCUGGUGAACGAGUCGAAAACCAUCCUCAAGCUCUGCGACUUUGGUUCAGCGUCGCACGUGGCAGAGAAUGACAUCACUCCCUACCUGGUUAGCCGGUUCUACAGGGCGCCGGAGAUUAUCAUCGGGAAGCUUUACGACCACGGCAUCGACAUGUGGUCCGUUGGCUGCACUCUGUAUGAGCUGUACACGGGCAAGAUCCUUUUCCCAGGGAAAACCAACAACCACAUGAUCAAGCUCGCCAUGGACCUCAAGGGCAAGAUGCCCAACAAGAUGAUCAGGAAAGGCGUGUUCAAGGACCAGCACUUUGACCAGAACCUCAACUUCCUGUACACCGAAGUAGACAGAGUUACUGAAAGGGAGAAGGUGACAGUGAUGAGCACCAUCAACCCCACCAAGGAGCUGCUGGCUGACAUGGUGGGCUGCCAGCGUCUGCCCGAGGACCAACGCAAGAAGGUGGCCCAGCUCAAGGACCUGCUGGACCAGACACUUAUGCUGGACCCGGCCAAGAGGAUCAGCAUCAACCAGGCCCUGCAGCACCCCUACAUCCAGGAGAAGAUCUUCUGACCACUUCGUACUGUAUCCACUCACAGUCAUGCAUUGAUUGCUGCAACCAGUACUGAGUCCUUAGUUUGACUAUGGUUGGACCCCCAUCCCAUCUGGCACUGCUGAUGGAGAGGAAGUAGUAUUAUCUUUCUUCCCCUGUUUGAACCACACACACACUCUCUCCCGUUUUUCAUCGAUCUUCUGGAUUGUAUAAAUAACCAUAGUAGGGCUCCAAGCAGAAUGCCUGCUGCAUAGCAUAUGUUCAGUUUCUUCAGCAUACCUGCAAGUCAGAUAGUUCUGUCUCAUUAUAAGCCCUCUAUCUCAUGGACAGUAAGCCACUCGAGUUGGACUUUCAUCCAAUCAGAUCUUCCGUUUUUUGAUUGGCCCCUUGCAGGUGACUGAAGGUGGAUGACAUUUUUUGCUGUAAAAAAAAAAAGUGAAUUCUGAUUGGGUUAAGUAAAAUGUAAAUUCUGAUUAUUGGGGAGGGUUAGUCAAAUGUUAAUUCUGAUUGGGUUAGUCAAAUGUUAAUUCUGAUUGGGUUAGUCAAAUGUUAAUUCUGAUUGGGUUAGUCAAAUGUUAAUUCUGAUUGGGUUAGUCAAAUGUUAAUUCUGAUUGGGUUAGUCAAAUGUUAAUUCUGAUUGGGUUAGUCAAAUGUUAAUUCUGAUUGGGUUAGUCAAAUGUUAAUUCUGAUUGUUGGGAAGGGUUUUUGAGUUAACGGUCAUUCAUGAGUUACCAAGGCAGUGACAAGCAGGGAGGGUAACCCAAUACCCUUACCCUUUUGAAUGGGAUGUUUGUACAGUGGGUUGACUAAACUCCUGCAACCUUGGCAGCUCCUUUGACUUACUGUUACCUGUGAUGUGGUGCAGGGCCAGCAUAAAUGAUGUCUAUAUCCGCGUCUCCCCCAGGUAUUGAAAGCCCCCAUCCACCCUGUCCCCACAUCCUGGUGUCUGUGCAGGCCCUGGUCCGCAUGCCCGUUCUGCUGCUGCCUGUAGGUCUGUCAGUGCCGAAAACCCAAACGGUUGGGGGGGUCCUUGGGUUCUACUUGAGCACACCUGCAGGGAUGGCCCCUCAUGUUUAAAGCAGGUUGUAUACCACUUACAGUACAUUGAAGGUAAGCUAUCUCCCCCACCCUCCUAAACAAAAAACUAAACUCAUCAACUUCAACUGGUUAUUACCUCAUGGUUUAUGUGUUUUAUAUAUUACACAUGGUUUUAGCCAGAUGUCCCUGUAGACAUGGUUAUGUCAAGAAAUAUGGUUUCUAUAAGACAACUAUAUAUUUCUUAAGCAUAAUUCAAAUCACUAUGGCAAAGAUUGGAUUUUAAAAAAUCCAAAAUCACUCAUGCAUCUAAAUUGUAGAGAGAAAAUUGUGUGUGUGUGUGUGGGGUGGGGGGGGGGGGGGGGCUUUAUCCAACAAGCUGUCACCUUCAGUGUACUUCUCUUAAUGCAACAGCUAUGUUUUAUUUGCUCUACUGUGUAAUGAAUACCUUUUUUUCUGUGCUCCCUUUACGGUGUUAGAGGAUAGCAGUCUUGCUAUGUACACAAAAGCAUGUGUUAAUUGUUUCUAGGUGUGUUCUCUUUAAAAAAAAAAAAAAUAGAAUAGAAUAAGGCUAUGUAAAGUGUGUCGUUUCCCUCUGUUAUCUGUCAUUGGUUUUCAUGUUUUGUAUGACCAUGGUGUCUUUUGAUACAGGGAUAUUCCUGCACUGAGCUUUGAGUCUGCUUGUUAUGAGCGGUAAUUGCCUCUACUUUAUUUGGUGUUAUAUAUAUAUAUAAUGAUGAUCUUAUAGGACCAAAACAGAAAUAAAACAGCCUAAAUGAGUAGCUAAUGCAGUAUGUAUGCCUUUUCCAUAAAAUGUCUUCCCUACAUACAAAUGCCAAUGUUCAGGCCACAUAAAGUGUCAACAAUGAACUGAAAUGCGUUCUUUUUAAAGCCAAACCUAAACUAAGAAUACUUUGGUGUUCAGCAACUUUUAGGCUGGAAUCCAAACUUGAGAUCUGUGCGCCAAAACUUGACACGUACAGAUCGAAAGUUAGAAUUCGUCCCUCACGUGCUAGAUUUAGUUCAAACCAAAGGAGCAGAAGAAGACAACAUUUUGUGUGCUGUUUCACUGACGCUGAUGUUUGUGCUGUUUUUCCCCACAAUGAUGUUUCCUGUGGUGGCUGAGAGCGAGACAAGAGUCCAGCACUUCCUUCUCCAGGCCGGGCUCCCCUUUCAGAGAGACAAGACCUCCACAAGGCCACUUAUCAAGGUCAUUUCUGAUGGCAUGUGUAGAUACUAAAAGCCGUAAAGAUAUAGAAAUAAAUAGUCGUAAACUCGUAUAACUCCCAGCGACUCUAUUUAGUUGUAUAGCUUCCAGUUAAUUUGCCGAUAGUCAGCACCUCUACACUAAUGUUCCCUGGGGAUGCUCCAGCUUGUUAUUAGAUACUAGAAGCCAACAACACUGGGGGUGAUGUAAAAUACAAUAUGGCGAAUUCAUUUUGCUUACUGUUUUCCGGGAAGGCAUUUGUCAUAGACGCUCACCCACACUCGACCAUUAAAAAGUUGUGGUUCCAAAUGUUUCCUCUGUUAAGGAUUUAUCGUUGUAUUCGUCUACACAUGACAGACACUUUUUGGUUAACAAAGUGUCAUUACAAGCUGCACAUGUACCUGAGUGUGUUUUGGUUACGCAUAUGGCUCUAAACUGGUUCCAGAUUGCCACAAGGCGUCAGGUAGCUUGACUUGUAACUGUCAAAGUUGAACCACAAGGCGUCAGGUAGCUUGACUUGUAACUGUCAAAGUUGAACCACCAGGCAUCAGGUAGCUUGACUUGUAACUGUCAAAGUUGAACCAAGAUACUUGUUCAUUUGUUCUCUAUAUGUUCUAGGUGCCGCCCUUUUAGAGAAGAGUCUCGCAAGGAACCUCCUCUGGACAAAGGUUUCUGUUCUGGAGAGAGUUACUGUAUUUGUAAAGGUGGACUCAUCAAUAUGACAACAUCAUACAAAGCGGGGGAAAUUCCUGCAUACAGAAAUCAACAACAGCAUUCAAAUCUUCUGAGACUGACGCUUGCGGCUUUUCCCCAUGUGGGCAAAGCUCAAGGGAGGGCGCAAAUUAGGAAGAGGCAAAUGUCGCAGUCUUGGCAGAUUUUUAUUCCAUCGUUGAUGUCUAAGCAGGAAGACGGGGGGGCAUUGUAUGAUGAUGCCAUUUUGCUAAGUCAAUUAUUAGUAGACAUGUCAUGACCUGACAUUUUUCAAAUAUGUUAUCAGUAACUACUUCAGUUAUUAUGAGUCAGUGUUAGACACGUUGUUACCGUAAUGUGUCGGUGUUAGACACGUUGUUACCGUAAUGAGUCGGUGUUAGACACGUUGUUACCGUAAUGAGUCGGUGUUAGACGUUGUUACCGUAAUGAGUCGGUGUUAGACACGUUGUUAUCGUAAUGAGUCGGUGUUAGACACGUUGUUACCGUAAUGAGUCGGUGUUAGACACGUUGUUACCGUAAUGAGUCACUAUUACACGUUGUUAUUGUAAUGAGUCACUAUUACACGUUGUUAUCGUAAUGAGUCACUAUUACACGUUGUUAUCGUAAUGAGUCAGUAUUGCACGUUGUUAUCGUAAUGAGUCAGUAUUACACGUUGUUAUCGUAAUGAGUCAGUAUUACACGUUGUUACCGUAAUGAGUCACUAUUACACGUUGUUAUCGUAAUGAGUCUGUAUUACACGCUGUUAUCGUAAUGAGUCGGUAUUACACGUUGUUAUCGUAAUGAGUCACUAUUACACGUUGUUAUCGUAAUGAGUCACUAUUACACGUUGUUAUCGUAAUGAGUCGGUAUUACACGUUAUCGUAAUGAGUCACUAUUACACGUUGUUAUCGUAAUGAGUCGGUAUUACACGUUGUUAUCGUAAUGAGUCACUAUUACACGUUGUUAUCGUAAUGAGUCGGUAUUACACGCUGUUAUCGUAAUGAGUCGGUAUUACACGUUGUUAUCGUAAUGAGUCACUAUUACACGUUGUUAUCGUAAUGAGUCGGUAUUACACGUUGUUAUCGUAAUGAGUCACUAUUACACGUUGUUAUCGUAAUGAGUCACUAUUACACGUUGUUAUCGUAAUGAGUCACUAUUACACGUUGUUAUCGUAAUGAGUCACUAUUACACGUUGUUAUCGUAAUGAGUCACUAUUACACGUUGUUAUCGUAAUGAGUCACUAUUACACGUUGUUAUCGUAAUGAGUCAGCAUUAGACACAUUGGGUGAGAUUUUGGACCCAUUAGACUGAGAUUUGUUCAUGAACUCUGAUUUUUUUACUUAUGGAUUCUGAGAAAGUAUAUGGAAAUCAUGAUAAAUUGUAUUUAGUUCGAUUGAACUUUGGUUAUAAUGUGGCUAAAUCUAUGCCAAAGUGAUCAACCAUAAAGGUAAUACUUUUUCUUGUUAUUGAUAAAUAUGGCCAGAUUCAUGUUAUCACUGGUAACAUUGCAAUUUUGUGUUUUUUUUGUUUUUCAGGGUAAGUCAGAACUUCUCUUCCCUGCCUUGGUUCCUUCAGUCUCCUCUUUCUGCUUUGGUACCCAUGUAAGACUGGAGACCAGGGAAGAUGUUCAACGAAUGAGCCCCUGUGGAUAUUUCUCUUUUACAACAGAAAAAGAAAAAAAAAUGUAAUGUUAUGUAACACAUUUGUCUACAUCCUUCACUUUAUUCAAUGUAAUCUUGUACACUACUGUUUCCUUAUGAUAUGAUAACAUCAGUGUGCAUGCUUUGUCCUUGAGAACAUAACAACGUGUGUUCAUUUUUCAUUUGGCGUAUUAAUAUAAUAAACAUAGGCACAGACUA